CGAAAUGGAUGCCGCCUGAUCGCACGGGAGUGACCUGCGGCCUCGCGGUGCCGGUGUCGGUAGGCUCGGUAAUAGCCUUAACUGGUUGGUUGAGAGGCUCCAUGUUUGCGUUUGGUUCGAGGCUACUCGGAACUGGCGCGCUUUAAUUCACUGCAAAAAUCACGUAGGGCGAGUUCCAACACGCUCCUGCAAAUCCGUACCUCCGAGUCACAACAGCAAACAGGGGUGCCUUUGCCGGUCACCUCCUAUCCGGGCGACCUGGUUUUUUCUUCUGCAAUUUAACAACGUAAUCCUUUGUUGAAGGGUCUGCAGACAAAGACCCUGUGGCGCUCGAGGGGCUGAUAUUGGAGGCGUUGCUAGCGCCAACAUCCAUGCUAGACUGGACGGACAGGUCCAGCCAAUAUUCCCAUCCUUAUCCUGGUGACGUUUGCUCCUUCUAGCUUCCUCUUCUCCGACCCACCGGCAAGUUUUCAGCUUCGACGUCUGCGAGCCACCGUUUGAGCGACCGGCUGGGAUGGUGUUUCUCGGCACUCCUUCACUUCAUGCUGUGUACCCUCGCAAUUUUCCAACAUGAUAUCGUACCUAGCAGUUUAUGUGGUGCCAGUGCAGGGACCGCGGUCGCCUGGCUGGCUCGCUGUGGACUGUCGAAUAAAUCGGCAGACACACCCUUGACCAGCCGGGGGGCGGUGUCCGCGCCCCCCGGAGUACUGCCGUGACCGCAGUGGAGUUACAAAAAAUUACCGAUUUCCUUGUUUAUCUUCAACUUCGACCUAGGUGUUUGACAGCCACCCGUAUAGACUCUGUCGAAACUUGUCGGUGAUCCCUCGAGAUGGCUGCAGCCGACGCAUUGCCCGCUCACACCGCCGAGUUCCUGGCGGAAGACAAAGGUCCCAGCGUCAUCGGCGCGCUGUGGACCUUCGCCACCCUCGCGACCGUCUUCGUGGCGCUCCGCUGUUAUGUGCGGAUCUCGGUGAAAAAAGUAUUUGGAGUUGACGAUGGGUGUGUGGUGCUCGGCUUGGUGCUCCUGAUAUGUAUGGUUUCGGUGGACACAGUCGCAGUGACUUUAGGUCUGGGCCGCCACCUGGCCUACCUGAUCAAGAACGCGCCGACCCAGCAUCUCGUCGACCUCACCUUCUACCUCUGGAUGGGCAAUGCCUUUGCCGUCAUGGCUAACGCUUUCGCCAAGAUGUCCUUCGCCUUCACGCUGAUGAGGGUUCUCCCUCAGCAGUACAUCCAGAUCUGCCUGUGGUUCAUCACCGUGUCCCUCUUCCUGAUCCACGCGGUCCUCGACGUCAUGAUCUAUGUCCAGUGCAAGGAUAUCAGGACGCUGUGGAACCCGUUCGGCGUCCCGGGGGAGUGCUGGCCGACCUGGGUGUUGACCAACUACGCCUUGUUCGUUGGUUCUUGGUCCGCACUCUGCGACUUUGCCCUCGCCGCUCUGCCGUGGUUUAUAAUCCCCCAGCUCAAGAUGCCACUGCGCGACAAGCUCGGCAUCGCCUUCGCCAUGAGCCUUGGAGUUUUCGCCGGAAUUUCCGCCAUCGUCAAGACGAUCCAGCUCCCGAACCUGAGCUCCUCCGACCAAACCUACGGCCAGCCGGACCUCACCAUCUGGGGCGGCAUCGAGGUGUCCACCACCAUCAUUGCCUCGUGCAUCCCGACACUCCGACCCAUCGGCCGGAGGCUCUUCCCCGGGUCGAGCGCUGACGGCCACGCAUCCAAGCAGAGCGGGAGUGGUGGCGGCAGCGGCUUCAAGCUCGGCCGGCUGGGCGGCUCCGGCAACGGGAACCUCUCGGGCAGCAGCGCGCCGGGCGACCGGUUCAACCCCAAGGGCCGCGGCACGAACCAGACGCUCGUCACCAUCGGGUCGAAGCCGUCGCGCAACCCCAAGAGCCCGGCCGCCGGCACGACGACCAUGGACGACGACAGCGACAAGAGCAUCCUCGACCGGCCCGGCGCGGGGGAGGUCGGCGCCGCGCGCAGCGGCACGUCGCUCUGCGGGUCCGAAGGCGGCAUCGACAAUGGGGGGAGGCAGUCGCCGCGUCAGGGCGGGAUUAGGGCUACACAUGAGGUGCGGGUGCAAUACGAUUGACCGGAGAUCUAAGGAGGCGGAAGCGGUCGACGAUGUCUUUGGCAGGUUUGCGACAUGAUUAAAACAGGAUAAUGUAAGGUUCGCGAGAGAGAAAGAAAGGCUGGUUUUCGGAAGGAUGGAAAAUGCUGUUUCAAAAUCGUUGGUCUCGAAGUACCGGGUGCAUGCCUUACUUACGGGAGUCCCCGCCUAAAAGACCGCCUACCUCCCGUUCAAUCGGACGGUGCUAAAGCAUAGCCUAUUUUUCCCAACAACAUAAAACCCAUUUUUAUCUUGCUAAUCGAGCAUUUGUAGCAUGGCACCCACCGUUCAGG